GGAUUUUCCUGUAAUGCAAAACAGUGUUAAUACAAAAUGUCUCAAGGUAAUUUUUUAUUUAAGUAGUUAAUCAUCUUCGUUCCGUGCUUUUGUUUUCUACGUCAAGUUAAAAUUGGGUAGGUCACAACUUGUCUUUUCAUUUGUUUUUAUCUCAGUCUCAGCCAGUUGGCCAACAAGGUGUGACCAUAGCCAGAAACAUUACUACGUCGGUCAUAACUAGUUUGGAGAUGGGAUUUAAUCGUGUAUUGAUCGCUAGCAACACUUAUCCUGCUGAUGCAUUAGAAUUGCUGAAAAAAGAGGUAUAUUUCCAUGUAAUACCACACCUGGAGCAUGAGCCAGAGAGUCUUAUAGAAAUAAAAAAACGCAUAAAAGAUGUUGAUGCUGUUAUCUGGAAUGUGAAACACAAAUUUACUAAAGAAUUAUUAGAUAUAGCUGGGCCUAAUCUUAAAGCUAUAUCAACUACGUCCACCGGUAUAGACCAUAUAGACGAAGCUGCUGUGAAAGCCCAUGGUGUGAAACUUGGAAACACCGCAAAUGUUCAGUAUAAUUCAGUGGCUGACGUUGCCAUUGGCCUCAUGAUUGCCGCGGCCAAACGCUUUAAGGAAGGUGUAGCUGAUAUCGAGAGUGGAGAAUGGAAAAUUGGAACGAACCAGACGUUAGGGCAGGACAUAGUGGGCAGUACUGUGGGGAUCGUCGGUUUGGGCAGCAUCGGCCAAGCGAUUGUGCGCAGAUUGAAAGGAUUUGACGUCGCACGCUUCCUGUACACUGGCAGAAGUGACAAACCCGAAGCUAUCUCUCUUGGCGCUGAGCGAGUGAGUCUUGAUGAGCUGCUGAAGGAGAGUGACUACGUCAUGCUGGGCUGUCCAUUUACUCCAGAGACCAAGCACCUGAUAAAUAAAGAAGCUUUUAACAAGAUGAAAAGAUCUGCCGUUCUUGUUAACUACGCACGUGGAGAUAUUGUUGACCAAGAGGCUUUGUAUGAAGCUUUGAAAGAAAAGCGGAUCUUUGCUGCAGGACUUGACGUGGUCACGCCGGAGCCGCUUCCUAAAGAUCAUCCUUUAAUUUCAUUGCCGAAUUGUUUCAUUGUGCCUCACCUGGGAAGUUCUACGUUAACAACAAGAAAUAAAAUGGCAAUCAUAGCUGCAAAUAAUGUUCUUUUGGCAUUAGACGGAAAACCUAUGCAGUGCCCCAUAAACUAAUUGAUUUAUGAGAGAUUAAUUCGUAAACUAUGUACUGUAAUUCAAAUUUAUAAUUGAAUAAAUAAAAACAUAUCUUGUACAAUUUAUUUAGGUACUUACCUAAUGAUGGACUUUUAAUUAUUCAUUACA